CUUCAUGCUGCCAUUAGUCAUCAGGUGGAUCCAGAAUGCCUUGGCUUAGGUUUGGGCAGUAUACUGCUCAAUAGCCUGAAGCAGGCAGUGGUAACAUUAGCAAGCAAUGCUGGUGUUCUUAAUACUGUGCAAUCAGCUGCUCAAGCAGUGCUGCAGAGUGGAUGGUCUGUGUUACUACCAACAGCAGAAGAGCGGGCUCGGGCUCUCUCGGCGCUCUUACCCAGUGCAGUUUCAGGAAAUGAAAUGAAUGUAAGUCCAGGCCGUAGAUUUAUGAUUGACCUCUUGGUAGGCAGCUUGAUGGCUGAUGGAGGCUUAGAGUCUGCACUAAAUGCUGCUAUUACUGCAGAAAUUCAGGACAUUGAAGCAAAAAAAGAAGCACAGAAAGAAAAAGAAAUUGAUGAACAAGAAGCAAAUGCAUCAACGCUUCAUAGGAGCAGGACUCCAUUGGACAAAGACCUUAUUAAUACUGGAAUCUAUGAAUCUGCAGGAAAACAAAGUUUACCAUUAGUUCAGUUAAUUCAGCAGUUACUAAGGAACAUCGCUUCACAGACGAUAGCCAAACUAAAAGAUGUCGCUCGUCGCAUUUCUUCCUGCAUGGACCAUGAGCAUUAUAGCAAAGAAAGAUCGGCUUCCCUGGACCUGUUGCUCCGUUUUCAGCGUCUACUUGUUAGUAAACUUUACCCAGGAGAUUGUGUUGGGCAGGUCCCUAAUGCAUACAGUCCUGACCUUUUAGGCGUUGGCUCUUUACUGAAGAAAUACACUGCUCUUCUGUGCACGCACAUUGGUGAUAUACUUCCUGUGGCAACCAGCAUUGCUUCUACUAGUCAUAGGCAUUUUGCAGAAGUAUCUCGUGUUGUGGAUGGAGAUUUAACAGGCAUUCUUCUUCCAGAAUUGGUGGUUUCUAUAGUGCUACUCCUGAGUAAAAAUGCUGGAUUAAUGCAGGAAGCUGGUGCUAUCCCUCUGUUGGCUGGCUUGCUAGAACAUCUGGAUAGAUUUAACCAUUUAGCCCCUGGAAAAGAAAGGGAUGACAGUGAGGAUUUAGCAUGGCCAGGAAUAAUGGGUUCAUUUUUUACUGGCCAGAGUUGCAGAAAUAACGAGGAGGUGACACUUAUACGUAAAGCUGAUCUAGAGAACCACAACAAAGAUGGAGGAUUUUGGACAGUGAUUGAUGGGAAAGUGUAUGAUAUAAAGGACUUCCAAACCCAGUCUUUAACAGGCAGUAGCAUACUUGCUCAGUUUGCAGGUGAGGACCCAGUUGUUGCUUUGGAAGCUGCUUUGCAAUUUGAGGACACACGGGAGUCAAUGCAUGCCUUCUGUGUUGGCCAGUAUAUGGAGCCUGACCAGGAAGUGAUUACAACACCAGAUCUCAGUACUUUGUCAUCACCUCUAAUAGACACAGAAAGGAAUUUGGGUCUUCUCCUUGGACUGCACGCUUCCUACCUGGCAAUGAGCACACCACUUUCUCCUCUGGAAAUUGAAUGUGCCAAAUGGUUGAAGUCAUCUAUCUUUUCUGGAGGCUUGCAAACUAGUCAGAUUCAUUACAGUUACAAUGAGGAAAAAGAUGAAGACCAUUGCAGUUCACCUGGUAACACUACCCCAAAUAAAUCGAAGCUAUAUACACAUCGAUUAACUUUGAGUGACCAUUCACAACCUUUUCUCCAAGCUAUUGCAGAUAAUAAUAUUCAGGAUCACACUGUGAAGGACUUCCUGUGUCAAAUAGAGAGAUACUGCAAACAGUGUCACUUAACAACACCAAUCACAUUCCCUCCUGAGCAUCCUGUGGAAGAAGUAGGACGUUUGUUAUUAUGUUGUCUUCUGAAGCAUGAAGAUUUGGGUCACGUAGCAUUGUCUCUUGUUCAUCCUGGUACCCUUGGAGUUGACCAGGUAAAGCACAAAACCUUACCAAAAUCUGUAGUGGAUGUGUGUCGUGUUGUCUACCAAGCAAAAUGCUCACUGAUUAAGACGCAUCAAGAACAAGGACGUUCUUACAAGGAAGUUUGUGCUCCUGUCAUUGAACGUUUGAGAUUCUUAUUCAAUGAACUACGUCCUGCAGUUUGCAAUGAUCUCUCUAUAAUGUCUAAAUUUAAACUUCUGAGUUCCUUGCCCCGAUGGCGGAGAGUAGCUCAGAAAAUAAUCAGAGAAAAAAGGAAAAAGAGAGUGCCAAAAAAAUCUGAAUCUGCUGAUGUGGAAGAAUCCAAAAUUGGAAACGAAGAGAGUGAUUUAGAGGAAUCCUGUGUGGUACCUCACAGUCCUGUACCUAUAGACAAAAGGCCCAUACCAAUCAAAUCACCCAAGGAUAAGUGGCAGCCACUUUUGACUACAGUUACAGGUGUCCACAAAUACAAAUGGCUGAAGCAAAAUGUCCAAGGCUUGUAUCCACAGUCUGCCCUCCUUAACACCAUUGUUGAAUUUGCACUUAAGGAAGAGCCAGUGGAUGUAGAAAAAAUGAGAAAGUGUUUAUUAAAACAGUUGGAAAGAGCAGAAGUUCGUCUGGAGGGAAUAGAUACUAUUCUGAAAUUGGCAGCAAAAAAUUUUUUGCUCCCGUCUGUGCAGUAUGCUAUGUUCUGUGGAUGGCAGAGGCUUAUUCCAGAAGGAGCCAAUAUAGGGGAACCUCUUACCGACUGUUUGAAGGAUGUUGAUCUGAUCCCGCCGUUUAAUAGAAUGCUGCUAGAAGUAACUUUUGGAAAGCUGUAUGCUUGGGCUAUUCAGAAUGUCCGGAACAUCUUGAUAGAUGCUAAUGCAAAAUUUAAAGAACUAGGUGUGCAGCCUGUUCCUCUACAAACAAUUACUAAUGAGAAUCCAGCAGGACCAAGUCUUGGGACUAUUCCACAAGCACGUUUUCUGUUGGUCAUGCUCAAUAUGUUGACGCUGCAGCAUGGUGCUAAUACCUUGAGCCUCCUCCUUAAUUCUGGCAUGCUAGCAUUGACGCAAACAACACUGCGGCUGAUAGGACCUAGUUCUGACAACAUCGAAGAAGAUAUGAUUGCCUCUUCUCAUGGAGCUUCUGCCACAGUCCUAGAAGAGUCAAGAAAGGAAACAACACCUGUUCAGCUCCCUGCUUCUGGACCAGAGCUGGCAGCCAUGAUGAAAAUUGGUACCAGAGUGGUGAGAGGGGUGGACUGGAAAUGGGGUGAUCAGGAUGGACCCCCUCCAGGUUUGGGUCGUGUGAUUGGAGAAUUGGGAGAAGAUGGCUGGAUUAGAGUGCAGUGGGACACUGGAAGUACAAAUUCUUACAGAAUGGGCAAGGAGGGAAAAUACGAUCUCAAACUAGCUGAGCCACCACCAGCAACACAGCCCACAACAGAGGAUUCAGACACUGAGGAUGAUUCUGAAGGAGAACAAGUUGAAAGGAAUCUCCACCCUACUUCCAUGAUGCUGACAAGUACUGUGAACCUGUUGCAGACACUGUGUCUCUCUGCUGGCAUCCAUGCUGAAGUCAUGCAAAGUGAUGCUACUAGGACUUUGUGUGGUCUACUCCGUAUGCUUGUGGAGAGUGGAACAAUAGAUAAAUCAGCUUCCUUGCCAAAUAAAUUAGUUUAUAAAGAACAGCAUAGGAGUUGGUGCACGCUGGGAUUCAUUCGAAGUAUAGCGCUCAUGCCUCAGAUGUGCAGCACUCUUAGUACAUCUCAGUGGAUAACUUUGCUAAUGAAAAUUGUUGAGGGGCAUGAAUCUUUCACUGCUGCUUCACUACAGAGACAGAUCCUUGCUGUACAUUUAUUGAAAGCAGUACUUCCAUCCUGGGAUAAAAAUGAAAGGUCAAGAGACAUGAAAUUUCUUGUGGAAAAACUGUUUGGAUUUUUAGGCAGCCUGCUUAGUACUUGUUCUUCAGAUAUCCCGCUACUCAGAGAAUCUACUCUGAGAAGGAGAAAGGCCAGGCCCCAAGCAUCUCUAACUGCCACUCACAGUAGUACGUUAGCAGAAGAGAUAGUGGCACUGCUGAGGACGCUCCAUUCGCUCAGCCAGUGGAAUGGACUCAUAAACAAGUACAUCAACUCUCAGCUAACCUCCAUCACCCACAUCUUUGCAGGAAAACAGUCAGAAGGGGCUCUGUUAGAUGACUACUUUCCUGACACUGAGAAUCCAGAGGUGGGAGGCCUAAUGGCAGUGUUAGCGGUGAUUGGUGGCAUAGACAGUCGCUUGAGACUGGGUGGACAAGUAGUUCAUGAUGAAUUUGGAGAAGGCACAGUGACACGCAUCACCCCAAAAGGGAAAAUCACUGUACAAUUCUAUGACAUGCGAACAUGUAGAGUGUGCCCUCUGAAUCAACUAAAACCACUUCCAGUUGUGGCUUUUAAUGUGAACAACUUGCCUUUCACUGAACCUAUGCUAUCCAUUUGGGCUCAACUAGUAAAUCUGGCUGGAAGUAAAAUAGAAAAACAAAGAAUGAAGUCUCCCAACCAGGGUCUUUCAGGUCAAGUGGAUUUGGACCUACUGCGAUGCCAGCAAUUAAAGCUGUACAUACUGAAAGCAGGCCGAGCUCUGCUUUCUCACCAGGAUACGCUGAGGCAGAUCUUAUCUCAGCCAGCUGUUCAGGAGAGUGCAUUAAAUCCUGCAGAGGAUGGAGCAGUUGCCUCUCCCGACAUAGGAGAUAUGUCUCCUGAAGGACCUCAGCCUCCCAUGAUUCUUUUACAGCAACUUUUGACAGCUGCUACGCAACCAUCACCUGUGAAAGCAAUAUUUGACAAACAAGAGCUUGAGGCUGCUGCUUUGGCAGUAUGCCAGUAUCUGGCUGUAGAGUCUACACAUCCCUCAACUCCAGUGUUUGAAGACUGCAGCUCUAGUGAAGCUACCACACCCAUCACAGUGCAACAUAUCCGACCCACAAAAGCAAAGAAACGCAAGCAGUCUCCAAUUCCACCCCUCCCCAUUGUAGUUCAGCUUAUGGAAAUGGGAUUUCCUAGGAAGAACAUAGAAUUUGCACUAAAAUCUCUGUCUGGAACCUCUGGAAGUGCUUCUGGAUUACCAGGAGUGGAAGCCUUGGUUGGCUGGUUGUUGGAUCACCCUGAUGUUCAAAUUACGGAUCUCUCUGAUGCCGAUACUAUUUCUGAUGAAUAUUCAGAUGAGGAAAUAGCAGAGGAUGUGGAAGAAGCUGAAGCUGCUUGCCCUGUG